UGUGUAGAAAAGUUUAAGGCUAUUCCAAUUGAAAAGGAAAUUACCAUGGCAGAUUCAAAAAGAGUAAAAGAACAAAAAGCUUUUGAUGAAACAAAACUUGGUGUCAAAGGACUUGUUGAUGCAGGUAUUACCAAGGUCCCUCGUAUCUUCCAUCAUCCACAUGAUAACACCAAAAUUACAAAAAAGUAUACUACUCCUCCUGUAAUAGAUCUUACCAACAUUCACGAAGAUCCACGUGCUCGCAAAAGAGUGGUUGAAAGUGUUAGAGAUGCAUCAGAGACAUAUGGAUUUUUUCAGAUCGUAAAUCAUGGCAUCCCUGUGAGUAUUUUGAAUCAAAUGAAGGAUGGAGUGUUAAGUUUUUUUGAACAAGAUAAUGAGGUGAAGAAGAAGUUUUAUACUCGUGAACCAAAACCUUUCAUGUAUUAUAGUAAUAUUAAACUAUAUACAGCAAUUGCAGCUACUUGGAAAGAUUCUUUCCUCUGCAACAUGGCUCCGAUUCCACCUAAACCAGAAGAUCUGCCAAUUGUAUGCAGGGAGAUAUUGUUGAAAUACUUGAACCAAGUGAAGAAACUGGGGAAUAUAUUGUUUGAGUUACUAUCAGAAGCUCUUGGUUUGAAUCCCAACUAUUUAAGAGAUUACGGUUGUGCUGACGGCUUAUAUGCUUUUGGCCAUUACUAUCCGGUAUGUCCUGAACCGGAAUUAACUUUGGGAACUAUAAAACAUUCUGAUGUUGUUUUCCUGACGGUGCUUCUACAAGAUCAUGUUGGUGGCCUCCAAAUUCUUCAUAAAGACAUGUGGAUUGAUGUGCCUCCGGUCGACGGUGCUCUUGUCGUUAACAUUGGAGAUUUUAUACAGCUUAUAACUAAUGAUAAAUUCAAGAGUGUUCAACACAGAGUACAGGCUAAAAAUGCUGAACCAAGAGUCUCUAUUGCAAGCUUUUUUGGCACUCUUAAUCAUCAAUCUACAAAAACGUUUGGUCCUAUAAAAAAACUCUUAUCUAAUGACAAUCCUCCGAAAUAUAGAGAAACUACAAUUUCAGAGUUUGUACACCACUAUGCAACAAAAUGUGCUGAUGGUACUUCUCCUCUGAAGCAUUACAGGAUUUGACCAGCACGAUGGUAGUGAAAUUGGCUAUGUGACUUUAUAUUUUCAAAAUAUAAUUUAGAUUGAAUUAUAUAAUUAGGUGUGAGUGUAUUUGUAGUUAUUUAUAACUAGAUUAAGACCCGCACCAUGCGCGGUUAUAAUGAAUAAUGAUGCAUCACAUAUAAAUAAUGAUGAUGUGGCACAAAUUAUAUUGAAGUGUCAAUAUGAUAGUACGUGGUUCAAAUUUAAUAUAUUAUAAUAAAUAGUUUCUACACUAUAUUGAAACA